UUUACAUGUUGUGGAGCUGUGUCCGGAGGCUGGCCCCGGCCGCUCUCUUCACUCACUUCUUAGGCAAUUUACUCACCUUGUACGCCAGUUUACUCACCUCUGUGUAGACAUGGAUAUAUAUAACAAUCAAUAAUGCCCGACUCAAAAAGAACGCCUUCUGCAAGAAGUAAUGGAGGCAGUCGCAGAAGACGAUGGGAGGUGAAGUCAAAAGAGGCCUUCGAAACUUCCUUGGCUAUAGAAAUUGAGUCUCCAGAAAACAGAGCACAUCAUACUAAAAAGGAAUGUAGAAAAGAACCAUCUACAGAAACCUCAAGGGAUAAAAAUAACUAUUAUAAUUCAUAUGGAAAAUAUCCCAAAGCAUCGUCCCCAGAAGCAUCAGAGAAAACCAGGGAAGGGAAAGAUUGUGAUGGCACAGACAUUCUUUCAUCUAGGAUUUCUGCUUUAAUUGAUGAAGCCAGUGCAAAAGUUAAAGAUCCCCAGAGAAAGUCUUCAAAGGAUAAACAACAGAAAUCUGAAUCAAAGGCAGAGGAGGAGAAUGAAAGAGAACAUAGGUUGAAAGGUACACAUGAAAAACGACCAGUUAAAGACAGCGCUACAGAAGCUUAUCCCAUUGAGAACUUACAAAUUAUACCUCUGAGAAAAAACGAUAAAGCACAGAUAAUAAAUGAUAAGUUUGAAACGAAGUCGCUUAAAGUAGCAGCGAGCCCCGAAGGAAAGGGUGGAUAUGAAGAGGAAAAUUACGUGGCCUCGGCACCACCUCUGCCUUCAGAUGAGCAAACGACUCCCAAGAAUAAGAAACACAAAAAGGAAUACGAGUCAAAGCAGUUGAUGAUCACAGAUACAAAUGAAGAAUCUUAUAUAAGCCUUCAGUUAAAAGAAAUGAGUGAUGACAUCAUAGAAGUGACUAGAGAGGAUAAAGAUGGUAUAUUAUCAGCACCCAAGCUUUUACUUGCUGCCUCUGCCUCACAUCCAUCUAGUAACAUAAGCACAAUAUAUCAAGAAAGACUGAGUGGCUUUGUGGUGACCAGAAAUGAGUUUGCGGGUGUACAUAGGAAGAACGAAGAUCUGCUUGAUGUGAACCAGGUUCCAAGCCGAACCUCUCAUGCAGUUUUCCUUCAGGGAGGGUUCAGAACCUUCUCAGUACUAUGCCAAGGUCUCCUUGCUGGGAUAACUCUAGCUCAUUGUCUCUUGAUAUUCCUGUUGGAGAGUGACCCUAGUAAGAUUCCUGGUCUGUACCCACCAAGCAUGACCCACGUCUUCUUUGCUCUCAUCAUUUUUCUCAGCACCAUCUGCCUGGUGUCUGCGUGUGAUAGAAGUGAUCUCAUUGGGAAUGGAGUGUUUUCUGGUCAUGGUAUUAAGGUACCAUGGACCACUGCAUUCUACAUCUCCUCCUUAGUGCUCUCUUUGGCGGCUAUUCGCACUGAAAAUGUUCUCAUUAACUACAAUAGUUAUCGAAGCUCAAGUUUUACGGAGAAGGAGAUAAAGGAGCUGGUGGAGUGGUGGCGAUGGGUGUGUGUCGCUCGGUCAUCACUAGCACUGUUGGCAUGGCUGGCGAUGGUUCCUGAUCCUCACACUGAUGCCCUCCUGGACAUGAUUCAAGAAUUCCACCGUAGUUAAGCCCUAUUGCCUCAUGCUAUAGUAAUGCCCUGCAUAGAGAGAGAGGUUGCCCGAUGAAAUUACAAGAGUGUGACAUAUCUGAGAAAAUAUCGAGGCCGUAUGAUGGGAUCAAACCCACGUGCCUGGACUGAGGAGCACAUUGUAAUGGGGUGUUAAAUAUUAGCACAGUAGCACACUUGCACUGCAUUGUACUCUACAAUAAUUUAGUAUGGGCUGAAUAUUUGUGAAACACAUUUGCGAUUGGCUCUCUUGACCGUUCAAAUCAGAAUGUUGUCAUUUAGAACGAAGAAAUGGCACUUAUAUGCAUGUGUGGGUUGCACAUACAUGUACAGUGGCAAAGAUAAUAUAAAGCAAAUACUAUAUAAAACAGAACAAAGGGCAGCUGAUUUCCAAAUGCAGUUCUAUAUUGUAUACACUUGAUUGCUUCUGACCCAUAGACCUACUAUAAUACAGUAUACACUUGCCUGAUUACCUUUAAACCAUGCACCUGUAAUACAAUAUACACUUGCGCGAUUACCACCGACUCAUACACCUACUAUGGAUGCUAGGACACAGAAGGUGAAAAUAAAAACAUCAGGCAUUUCCUUUCACCUGAUGUUGUUCACCUAGCAGUAAAUGGGUACAUGGGCGUUGGGGUAACUUAUAUCAUGGGGGAAAGUCAGUACUGUAGUUGGCCUAGGAGGACCUCAAUAAGCCUAACAAGCUUCCUGCCCCAGACAGUGGGCAAGCUAACCAAGCAUCAGCUGGGCAAGUGUUUCAAGCUCCGAACUGCUCUAUGAAGGCAGUAUCGGCUUGUAAAUCAAGUUGAGCCAGAGUCGGUGAUCUAAACUUCGAUCUUCGUAAUUCCUGUCUCAUAGGGUGCAUAGUGGUGAGUCAUAAUCCAUGAAGGGUUGACCCAUCAAUACACAAUGGCCCCUGUACUGUUUGAGCAACUGGCAUGGUGUGUUGUUAAAAUACCAGACGCACGUUCUCUGUGAUGUGGGCUUCAUAGAGAACACGGCUUAGUCGUGUGGACAGCCGUAUUUGCCUCCUUUAUAUAUAUGCCAUUGUAAGUAUAAAUAUGUUCUCUUGUCACUCCUUAGUUAUUAUAAUAGCUGGGGUAGGCAAGUAUAUCAUGAAAAUACAACAGAAAAAGUCUAAAAUUUGUCUCCGAUUCAGGGAUAUUUCUGUUGAAAAAUUUUAUGUAUUAGUAGAUGAAUUUUUUGUGGUGCAUAUAAUUUUGUUGCAAAUCUCUGAUUAUAUUUCUUGACAGAACAAUACAUUGUUAUAAUAGGUAUGGAACAUUUAGACACUAUGCUUCUAAAUAAUGAGUGAAAAAUACAUUUAAAUUAUUAUUGUAACGUCAUGGUUUUGAGAGCUCGAAGCAAGGCGUGUUACACCAGACUACACCUGACACCCCCUGCUUAGUGUUUAGUCGCAUCCUUACAAUUUUUGGCAACGUAUUGGCAGCAGCUGUCUCUUAAAGUUUUUAGUCUUGCCUAAUUUUACAGGAAUGUAUUUCUGACAGCAAUUUAUAAUGAGUGAUGCAUGUACAGUAUUGUGAAUGUGCUUUAAGUCGGCAAUUCUGUGGCUGAGUUUCUCUAGUCUGUGAUAAGCUCUAGAUGAAGCAGCAGAAGGCAUCUGUCAUUCCUGUGUGACAGGUGUCGGCAUUAAUAAGAUCAGAUAUGCCUUAAACUUGUCCAAGUGUUCUUGUUCACAGUAAAUUUAAGU